UUGCUUCGAGGUGCAACCAAGCCACACAAAAUGGGCGCUCCUCGUGGCCUCCGGCGACACGCCGCCGCCUCCGCAUGCCCCCUCCUCGCGUUCGCCGUCCUCCUCGCAUUGCCGGGCCUCGCCGCCGGCGUCACCCGGCGCUACACGUUCAAUGUGGGGAUGACGAGCGUGACGCGGCUGUGCGGCACCAAGAGCAUCCCGACGGUGAACGGGCAGUUCCCGGGGCCGAGGCUGGACGCGCGGGAGGGCGACCGGCUCGUGGUCACGGUGCACAACCACAUGAGCCGCAACGUCUCGUUCCACUGGCACGGGCUCCGGCAGCUGCGCAACGGGUGGGCGGACGGGCCGGCGUACAUCACGCAGUGCCCGGUCCAGCCGGGGCAGAGCUACGUGUACGACUUCACCGUCGCCGGGCAGCGCGGCACGCUGUGGUGGCACGCGCACCUCUCCUGGCUCCGCGUGCACCUCUACGGGCCUCUCCUCAUCCUCCCCGGGCUCGGCGUGCCCUACCCGUUCGCCGCCCCCUACAAGGAGGUGCCCAUCAUGUUCGGCGAGUGGUUCAAGGCCGAUACCGAGUCGGUGAUCAGCCAGGCCCUUCAGACUGGCGCUGGCCCAAAUGUCUCCGACGCCUACACUUUCAAUGGGCUCCCAGGCCCAACUUAUAACUGCUCGUCCAAAGACACGUACACGCUGAAGGUGCAGCCCGGGAGGAUGUACAUGCUCCGGCUCAUCAACUCGGCGCUCAACGACGAGCUCUUCUUCGGCAUCGCCAAUCACACGCUCACCGUCGUCGAGGCGGACGCCAACUACGUCAAGCCCUUCACCGUCAGCACGCUCGUCAUCUCGCCUGGGCAAACCAUGAACGUGCUGCUCACCACGUCCGCCAACCCUUCGUCCCAGGCGUUCGCCAUGGCGAUCGCGCCGUACACCAACACCCAGGGCACGUUCGACAACACCACCGCCGCCGCCGUCCUCCAGUACGACGCCACGACGGCGCCCAGCUCCGCCCAGAACCUCCCACUGCCGGCCCUGCCGCGGUACAACGACACCAACGCCGUGGCCAGGUUCACGAGCAACUUCCGGAGCCUCGCGAGCGCGCAGUACCCGGCGCGCGUGCCGCGGGCGGUAGACCGGCACGUCCUAUUCACCGUCGGCCUCGGCACGGACCCGUGCCCGUCCAACCAGACGUGCCAGGGCCCCAACGGCACCAAGUUCGCCGCGUCCAUCAACAACAACUCCUUCGUCCGCCCCAGGAGCGCGCUCCUCGAGGCGCACUACCAGCGCCGCUACGCCGGCGUGCUCAUGGCCAACUUCCCGACCACGCCGCCGCACCCGUUCAACUACACCGGCACCCCGCCCAACAACACGUUCGUCGCCCACGGCACGAGGGUGGUGCCGCUCAAGUUCAACACCUCGGUGGAGCUGGUGAUGCAGGGCACCGCCAUCCAGGGCGCCGAGAGCCACCCCCUGCACAUGCACGGCUUCAACUUCUUCGUGGUCGGGCAAGGGUUCGGCAACUACGACCCCAUCAACGAUCCGGCCAAGUACAACCUCGUCGACCCCGUCGAGCGGAACACCGUCAGCGUGCCCACCGCCGGCUGGGUCGCCGUGCGGUUCCUCGCCGACAACCCCGGUGUGUGGCUUAUGCACUGCCACUUUGACGUCCACUUGAGCUGGGGACUGUCCAUGGCGUGGAUGGUGGACGACGGCCCCCUGCCCAAUCAAAAGAUGUUGCCUCCGCCGUCCGAUCUUCCGAAAUGUUGAUGACUCCUACGAGGGGCGAAGAUCUGCGAAUGAUUUCUUGCCUGCCGACCGCAUUUCUAUCUUCAUGUUCGACGUACCAACUACCACUCCUGGAUCUGGACUAUUUAUUUUGUAUACUGAUGUGCCGAUUUCCUGGGAAGUCAUUGGACUUUGCUUCCACGCACUUGAAUUCCCGUUUUGAAUCCGAAUAAGAAGUGACACUGUUUAUUCUUGGACACCUUUUCUUACUGUGUACACCCCUUGUAAUAUGAGUUACCACAUCUUGAUCACUUAUAGUACCUCAAACAUCCGACUACAUUAUAACCAAAU